UCAUGUUGAGUCUCUGACUCGAUGAUGGAUCUUCAGGAAUCGAUCUUCUUCCUCUGUUUCGUGAUAAUCUCUGCUGCUGCUGAUCCACUGAAGACCCUGACAGCCUCUGCAGGAGGAAACAUCACUCUGCCCCAUGCUGUGAAGGAGAAAGGAUUUCUGUUAUCUGAAAGAAACAAUUUAGCUCAUGUGGACAAGAAGAACCUGUUGGAUAUAUAUGGGGAAAAUUACAAGGACAGACUUCACUGGAACCAGAACACAGGAUGUUUUACUCUCACCAGGCUGCAGAAAAAUGACUCUGGGAUCUAUACAGUUGACUCGAAGGAAGGAAGAGGUGCUUCAGUAGAAUAUAAACUGAUGGUGUACGACUCUGUACAGACUCCUAAUGUCAGCAUAUUGAACAGAAGCUCUGAGAGCUGCUCUCUGAGCUGCUCUGUGGACUCAGCUCAGGAGGACACCACACUCCUGUGGUCCAAAGACCAGGAGAUCCUGAAGAAGAAGCGCUCUGCUGCUUCUCUGUCUCUGACUUUAUUCUACUGGCAGGACCUGGACUCUCCUCUUCAAUGUGUGGCUGAAAACUCUGCAGAGAAUAAAACAGUGUCAGUUGAAGUGAGGACAGUCUGUCCACUGAAACAGAGAGGGAACCCCAACAGCUCCACAGACUCCAGGCAUCAUCUGAUCCUCAUCAUUCUCAUCCCCAUGGUGUGUAGUAUCAUCUUCAUCCUCUGUGUUUCUGCCGUCUGGAGGUUUAGUCGUCAGCAGGAUUCAUCAGCAGGACAGACAGAGAACAACUUACAGGAACCAUCAGAAUAUGGAAACCCCAUCCUGACCUCUGUCUGCUACAAGCCGGCGUUCAACUCUCUGCAGAACAUGAACCUGCAGCUGAAGACAGAGAAGCACAGACAGAGCUGAGUGUUCUGAUCAGCAGCAGGAAAUCAGUCAUGUUUAACGACGGUGGAUCACAGCGGUCCAGUGGUUUCAGUCGUUCUGACUGCUGCCAUUAAUGUUUGUCAGAGCUGCAGUCAGUAAAACAACAUUGAACUUGUGUUGUUAAUCCUUGUGAGACCAGUUUUAUGUGGUUUCAUUCAACUUUCCUCGGUUUACCAACAGCUUGAAAACACCUUUACUUCCUGUAUGUCACCGGUCAGAGGAGCGACGGAGGAAAUGGUGUCAGCAUCUGGCCUCUGAAGAGGAUCAACACUGACUGCUGUUGACAUUGCUGCACCCUGUGAGACUUCCAGUCCUCCAUGAAACCCACCUUUCAUCAUCUCUCCAAUUCAUUGUUCACUUUUUUCUUUUUUUCUUGCAUUACUAUGCUAAUUACUUUCAUAUUCCAUCCUUUAAAACUCCAAAUCAAGAACAAAAAAUUGCUUUUCAUUAAAAAAAUAAAUCACAUUAGAAUAACAAUAUCAGAUGGACGGGUGAUGAUUUCACUUCCGUUUCAUAAUAACUAAUAUUUUAUUCAACACACAUCAUCACCAUGAUGUUUAUUGAUGAGA